UAUACGCAAAACGAACCAAACAAAACUUCUAUAAAAAUAGUUUAUUUUUAAACAAUAAAUAGUUACUACGUUGUAAAUGAAUCAAAAUAUUGUUUCAUCAUGAAUAACCGAACAUUUUUGGAUAUUGAUGACACAAUACUAACAAAGAACCUAAUAUUACCAGAAAAUGCAUCCAGGGAUGAUAAUUUAAUAAAACAAUCUGAUUCAAAGCCUUUCCUUGUCAUUCAACCUACACCUGGUAUAUGCAUAAAAACAAAGACUGAUGCUGGAGAAAAAAUAUUUCUAAACAUAUGUGUAUCAGAUAAAAUGCCACAACCUGAUGACAUAUCUGAUGCAAAACUUUUUGAGAUAUUAUCAGAAGAAAAUCCACAAUUUGUAAUACCUAUGAGUAUUGGAAGUGAAAGACUUGAAUCUGAUAGAGGUGGAUAUCCCUGCAAGACUUACGAUAUUGCAAUUAAUACAACAUAUUUUGAGAAAUGUCAAAGGAAACAAAUUUUUUUAUUCUUUACAAUAUCAGUUGUGAUGGAGGGUGUAUUAGAUAAAUUUAAUAUAUCUUUCAACACACAAGAUUAUGCAAUUCUUAAAAAUCGCAAGGUUAUGGGAAAAUUACAUCAACAUAUAAUUAAAAAUCGUGAACCACGAAUUCAUUUACAAACUCAAAAACCAUUGAUUGAAGAGAUCAAUUCUACUACAGAUAUUAAUGAAAAAAAGGAUAAAGUUAAUCAGUCAAAAAUUAUUUCAUCAGAAAUUGUUAGUAAUUCAGAAAGGAAUUAUGUUCUAUUGAAACAACCUUUGGAAGGACCACCUACACAUUUGAUUGGUUUAUUUGAAAUAUCUAAAGGAAUUACUAAAAAGGAGGUAGAAGUAUUCCUUGAUCAAGAUCGUAUUGUAGUCACUGUUGAGAAAACUGGUCUCACAUAUGAUCUAUCAAUUCCAUAUACCAUAAAUGUGGCACAUGCAAAAUGUUUCCUAGAUAAAGAUCUUGGGGUAUUAAGGUUAGAUAUGCCCAUAGAGAGUGCUUUAGAUAAUAUUCAAACAAAUUAA